UAUUCUGUAAGAAUUGUUCGGUACGGUGGUUGUAACAUUACCGUUCCCAUACAAAGGAAAAGAAAACAGUAAACAGUUUACUGUGUAAUUCUAUAUAAUAUCUUAGUUGUAAAUACACUUGAAAAUUGAGAAUUUGAUAUAAAAUCAGUUGAGAUUUGUAUAAAAUUAUAAUUAGCGUACUGUAUUAAGUUUGAGAGAUUUGCCAAUAUUAGACGUAUUCUAAUAGUUAGAAUAUUAGCUUGAUAAACUCGGGUACUGACUGACAGUCAGUCUCACAGUGCCUGAUCUGAGUGAUGGUUGGUUGAUAGCGAAAAGUGAAACAUCUAACAAUGGCAGUGCAUAUGAAUAAGGUUAUGUCUUGGUUUGUAAUAAGUAAUGUGGUAAAUAACAAUUUGUUAAGUAAAGUUGUGAGUGCCAAAGUAAUACAUGGCACCAGAAAUAUGUCUUACACGGUUCGUAAACUUGAGUUUAAAGAAUUUGGAGAUCCAUAUAAAGUUUUGAAUUUGGUUGAAAGUAAGUGUGAAGAACCUCAAAAUAAUCAGGUUGUAGUGAAGUUCCUGUUGGCUCCGGUGAACCCAGCAGACAUCAACACUAUCCAGGGAGUGUACCCGAUAAAGCCGGAGUUGCCUGGUGUGCCAGGAGCUGAGGCUGUGGGAGAGAUUGUGGCUGUAGGAUCUCAAGCCAAGACUCUACAAGUGGGUGACCGAGUAAUCUGUAACACACAGCCAGCGAGCACCUGGAGGACACAUGCAGUGGUCCUUGAGUCUGAUCUGCUCAAGGUGCCAAAAGAUAUCGGCCUGGUGGAAGCUGCUGGUGCGACCUCGAACCCAGCCACUGCCUACAGAAUGCUGAAGGACUUUGUGACAUUGGCACCGGGGGAGGUCGUAGUGCAGAAUGGGGGCAACAGUGCUGUGGGUCAGAACGUGAUACAGUUGGCGGCAGCUUGGGGACUAGUGAGCGUAAAUGUGGUACGUGACAGACCUGACCUCCCAGCACUUCAGAGUUAUCUCACACAGCUGGGUGCUCAUCAUGUGCUUACUGAGGGCGAAUUUGAGAAGCAAAGGGACUUUUUUGAAAAGAAUUCACUGAAGAAACCACAGCUGGCACUGAACUGUGUGGGUGGGAAGAGUGCGCUGAGUAUACUCCGAGCUCUGAGAAACAACGGGGUGAUGGUCACAUAUGGUGGCAUGUCACGAGAGCCUGUCACAGCACCUACAUCUGUCUUCAUCUUCAAGGACAUUUCUCUGCACGGCUUUUGGAUGACUAGAUGGCACAAGAGUCACCGCAACACUGAAGUCCAGAAGGAAAUGUACAAGGACUUGUUUGACUUAAUGAGACAAGGGAAACUCAAGGCACCCUCACACAAGAUAGUCCCCCUAGACCAAUACAAAGAUGCUAUCUCCAACACAAUGAACGUUAAAGGCUAUGCAGGAUUUAAGUACUUUUUAGACUUAAGUUAGAACCCCCCACCAAAAUUGGGGAUCAGUACUGAUUCACUACUAUAAAAGAUCUGUGAUUUUCAAUAAUAUUCAAGUCUAGUAAGUUAAUGGGAAUAAAAUUGUUAUUUAUAUUUAA